AUGAAUAAGAAAAACGAUGCCUCUUUUUUGGGCACCGUUUUUAAUUUAUCGAACACGAUCAUAGGGAGUGGAACUUUGGCCAUUCCUUUUGCAUUUUUACACGCUGGAUGGGGAAUGGGAAUAAUCCUAUUAGUAGUAGCGUGUUUUCUUUCUGCGACGACGAUGAUAUUUUUGGAUAUAGCGGCGGAUGCCACGGGUAAGUUUACAUACAAAGAAAUAUCAUAUGCGGUUGGAGGGAAGUAUUUGUCGAUAGUCACACAACUGUCUGCGUUUUGUUACACAACGGGGACUUGUAUUGGGUACAUCAUAUUCCUUGGGGGAUUCAUUCCAAGACUUUUUGGUGAUUAUGAUGACGAGUGGUAUAGUGACAGAAGCUUCACUAUAACAAUCAUUUCAUUGUUAAUACUUCCUCUAACGUUCUUUAAGAAUUUGAGUGCACUUAGGUUCUCUUCAUUUCUUGCUAUUCUCUGCAUUUUGUAUACCAUGUUUACUAUAACUAUUGAGUACUUCACAAGAUAUAAAGAAUUGAAAGUGCCUGCUGUUAUGUUCAACUGGAGCUGGGACUUGUUUAGAGGCUUUCCAAUCAUGACUGUGGCGUUCUGUGGUCAUUAUAAUGUACUCAGAUUUUAUGACGAAUUACAGAAUAGAUCGACAUUUAAAAUUUCAUUGGUUCAAAUCAUAUCCACAUGUCUUGCACUAGUCGUGUAUAUAUUUGUGGGCACGUUCGGGUAUUUGAGUCGUGGAGAUGCAUUGAAAGGAAAUGUUUUAGUGACAUACCCAUAUGACGAUGUGCCCAUUUUGGCGGCUUGUGCUUCUUUUGUUCUUGUGAUGGCUGCGUCGUUCCCAUUAGUUCAUCACGCAGAGAGAGAUUUAUUAGACAGACUAUGCUUUGGGUUGUGGAAGGAUUCAGACAGAAGAAGAAUAUUUGAAACAAUCACUUUAGUUAGUCUUAUCAUAGUAGUUGCGAUUGCAGUGAGUCAAAUUGAAGUAGUGUUAGUAUACAAUGGUGCCAUAUUUGGAGUCCUUGUUGUGUAUGUUUUCCCCAGUUAUUUUGUGUUUAAGACACAAAAAGGAUUUUUGAAAUGGUUUGGGUUUAGUAUUAUAAUCAUUGGCGUGUUUGUGUGCAUUAUAGGUGUUAUUUUGACAUCACUUAACCAGGCGGGUAUAUUCAAAUGA